UUAUAAAGAAAUAGGUAAAACAGGUAAAACAUGGAAAGAAAUCGAAAAACGUAAAAAUGAAAUUCCUGAUAAAUUAUACAAAAAAUUACGCGAUACACGUAUAGAUUCUUAUAAUUAUCUAGACAUGAAACUAAAAUUGAUCGUUGAAACUUCAUGGGAAAGUUAUACAACCAAAUAUAACGAAUCAAGUAUCAGAAAAUUGGAUUUACCAAAAUCUUGGGAAAAGGAUCUUUUAGAAAUAAGAAAAAAAAGGUUAAAUAUCGCGUUAGAAAAAAAAGAUUAUGUUAUGAACAAUAUAGUCAAAAACCUAACAGAAUGUCAAGACGAAAAAAUUUACAACUCUCUAUUACACGAAUGGGAAGAAAAAUCUUUUGUGGUAUUUGAAGAAUUUCGUAAUAAAAAUAUGACAUACAAAUAUAAAGAUUAUUUAAGCGGAAAAGAAAAUAAUGAUAUAAAUGAAUUAUUCAAAACACAAUACAGAUACAUCUUUACCUUUCUUGCUAUCAAACGAGAAAUAAAAAAUGCUGAAUAUAUCAGUUACUUGGAAACCGGAAUAAUUCGAAAAAGAUUAGAUAAAGAUAAAAAAUUUUUAACCAAAGAACAAAUUGAUGAAUUAGAAAAUAAUAUAAAAAAGCGAAUUCAAGAAUUAAAAACCUCUGAAAAAAUCUAUUAA